AUGCCAUCCUCCACAUCAACGGUCCCCAAGUCUUCAUCAAGCACUGCUGCCGGGGCAACAAGCACGUCGAAAUCGGGUGCUCUGCAAUGGGUCGGCGCGAACGAAUCUGGCGCAGAGUUCGGUGGAGGAAAAAUUCCGGGAACACUUGGCACUGAUUAUAUUUUCCCUAACACCACCGCGAUUCAAACCUUGAUGAAUAAGGGCAUGAACAUAUUCCGAAUUCCAUUUCUCAUGGAGCGUCUCGCACCAGGGACAAUGACGAGUGCUCUCGAUACCACCUAUCUCUCAGAGCUCAAGACUGUUGUGUCAUUUAUUACCGCCGCUGGUGCGCAUGCCGUUCUCGACCCUCACAAUUUUGGACGGUACUAUGGCACCGUCUUCACCUCCACGUCUGAUUUCAAGACCUUCUGGACAAACGUAGCGACCGAGUUCAAGACCAAUGACAAGGUCAUCUUCGAUUGCAACAACGAGUUCCAUGACGAGCCGUCCAACGCGCUCGUAGUAGCUCUGAAUCAAGCCUGCAUUGAAGGUGUUCGAGCCGCUGGUGCCACAACCCAAUAUAUCUUUGUUGAGGGAACAUCAUACUCAGGUGCAUGGACGUGGACAACCACAUCCGGCAAUAGCGCUGUGAUGGGCAACCUCACGGAUCCAUACAACAAGAUCGUCUACGAGAUGCAUCAAUACCUCGACUCAGACGCCUCAGGCACCUCAUCAACAUGUGUCUCGUCCACAAUCGGCGCAGAGCGAAUCGCAGCUGCUACUACCUGGCUUCGACAAAAUAACAAGAAGGGCAUUAUUGGGGAGUUCGCAGGCGGCGCAAAUUCUCAAUGUCAGACUGCUGUCACUGGAAUGCUUGAUGCUCUCGUAGCUGCGAAUGAUGUGUGGAUGGGAGCUAUUUGGUGGGGUGCAGGCCCUUGGUGGGGAGAUUACAUCUACUCUCUGGAGCCUACGUCGGGGACGUGCUACAGCUCUUAUAUUGACAUUCUCACGAAAUAUGUCUAA